AUGGAGAAUGAGAACCACUAUUUUCCACACUUGUUAGUAUCACUUUCGGUUCUUCUUUUUGGUCAGAAAGAACAAAACACGUAACAUGCAUAAUAUCCUAAGACAGUGUUUGAGAAUUCACUAUCCCCAAUCCAAAACCACCUCACAUUUCUCAAUCGCAUCUCUUCAAAAGCAGAUUCCUUUCCGUUCUACAAUCUGACCCACCCCACACCCUUUUCCCCUUUAUUCUAUAUUCCAUUUCUCCAAUUAUAUCUCAAUCACGAACCCACUAACAUCCAAACAGACUCCUAUCUGAUAAUUCACUGAUGGCUGCAGAGAGCACGGUGGAACUGGAAUCCUCCAUGAAAGAGCAUAGAGAUGACGAUGAAAAGAGUAAUGGUUUUUCUGUUUCUGCUGUUUCCAUGGAUGUUGAAGGCGGUGAUAAGGACCCGAGUGGUAAUGGUGUUUCAUCUGUGAUUCCUGGGUGGUUCUCUGAAAUUAGCCCAAUGUGGCCUGGAGAAGCUCAUUCUUUGAAGAUAGAAAAGAUUUUGUUUCAAGGAAAGUCUGAAUACCAGAAAGUCAUGGUUUUCCAGUCAUCAACAUACGGUAAAGUCCUUGUUUUGGAUGGAGUUAUUCAGCUCACAGAAAGGGACGAAUGUGCCUACCAAGAAAUGAUCACUCAUCUUCCUCUCUGCUCUAUUCCAAACCCCAAAAAGGUUUUGGUUAUUGGUGGAGGUGAUGGAGGAGUCCUGCGGGAAGUAGCACGUCAUUCUUCAAUUGAAAAGAUAGACAUUUGUGAAAUUGACAAUAUGGUUGUUGAAGUCUCCAAACAAUUUUUCCCUGAAGUUGCAGUAGGGUUUAACGAUCCACGCGUGACACUUCGCAUCGGUGAUGGAGUUGCAUUUUUGAAGGCAGCUCCAGAAGGAACUUAUGAUGCAGUUAUAGUGGAUUCAUCUGACCCUAUCGGUCCUGCUCAGGAGCUUUUCGAAAAGCCGUUUUUUCAGUCGGUGGCGAGGGCUCUUCGUCCGGGAGGAGUUAUGUGCACUCAGGCAGAAAGUAUAUGGCUUCAUAUGGAUAUAAUCGAGGACAUUGUAUCCAAUUGUCGGCAUAUCUUUAAAGGCUCUGUCAACUAUGCUUGGACUACAGUUCCUACAUACCCUAGUGGGAUGAUUGGUUUUAUGCUUUGCUCAACGGAGGGACCUCUUGUUGAUUUCAAGCAUCCGGUGAAUCCCAUUGAUCAAAAAGACUGUCAAAAGUCAGUAAGACCACUCAAAUUCUACAACUCAGAGAUUCAUACAGCAGCUUUCUGUUUGCCGUCGUUUGCGAAGAGGAAGAUUGGUUCCAAAGAAACUUGAGAAGAUUCUCGAGCUCAUGCGGCGGUCGCCGAAUAAGUCAGUGGUUAAAUUUGACAUUGAAGAGUACUUUGUUUAUUUCAGGAGAUGUGUUGUAGGUGAUAAUGGCAUAGUUGAUGGAUUCAUUUAUCAACAAUUUAAAUGUUGAAUUAUGAUUAGCUGGAAGAUGAAAAUUUUGUUUAAUGGAAAUGGUUGCUUUUUAUUUCUUCAA